GACAACAUUUACAAUAGCUAUGUUAAUUGCAUCAAUUCGAUCAAAUACAGUCUUAAUAGUAUUUUUCUUCUUUUUAAUAUUAGUUUAUGUUUUAUGGACAGCAAGUUACUUUCAAUUAUGGGAUCAAAAUUUAUCACGUGUAGGAGGAGCUUUUGGAAUAUUGACAGCAGCAAUUCUUUGGUAUAUAGGAUUUGCAAGUCUAAUGAUCAAAGGUGACAAUUCAUAUUUUGAACUGCCAGUAUUUGCUUUAUCACCAAAAUCUGAAGGAGCGGGAGUUGAAGUUCAUAAAGCAUAA